AUGGAUGACAAUAGGUACAACAGCCUUCCACGCUUGCGUCGGAAGCAGACGUGGAGGAGAAAGGGGCUGGACACAUGGUUCGGGCGGCCGAAGAAGGCGGGGCCAUCGGGCAUCGAACGGGGCUAUGACACGGUGCCCCGGGCGGAGCUCCGGGGGGAAGAGGAGCCACCAGCCGCGGAGUACACCAGCAAGAUAGACGCACUGGACGACGAUCAGCUCGAGAGUCGUUUCGAAGAAAUGCUGACUGACAUGAAUAUAGGUGAAAAGAAAAAGGAGCCGCUAAGGAAAUAUUCGAGGGAUCAAAAGAAGAAAAUGCUAGUCGCAUAUAAAUUUGUUAAUAUGCAGGAAGGCAGAUCGAAAUUUGAAAAGCCGUCGGAUUACGUGACCUAUCUGAAUCAACCGGAGUUAUCUGUGGGGAAAUUGCACAGCUGCUUGGAAAACUUGAGGAUAUCGCUAACCAACAAUCCCCUGUCGUGGAUAGAAGAAUUCGGCGCUAAGGGUAUCGAGAGUUUGCUGACUACCCUCAAUAUUUGUUAUACGAAUGACUCCCGCUACGACCGAGUGCAAUACGAAUGCAUACGAUGUCUAUCUGCGAUAUUGAACAAUACAGUCGGCAUCCGUGCCGUGUUCGAAUGCCGCGAGGCCCUACCUGUUCUCGCGAGGAGUCUGGACGCCAGGAAACCACAUUGCGCCUUAGAAGCUGCCAAGGUGCUAGCUGCAAUAUGUCUGAUACCCAAUGGUCACGAGAAAGUAUUGGAAGCGAUCACAAUGGCUGGCGAAUCCAGUCGGAAGCCAAGGUUGCUGCCCAUCGUCGAAGGUUUACACCCCAAAGCACCGGAGAGUCUGAAGAACGGUUGCAUGCAACUGAUGAAUGCGAUUAUAACUGAACCAGAAGAGCUAGAGUUCCGAAUGCAUUUGCGAAGCGAGUUUAUGAGAACUGGACUCUAUGACCUAAUAGAUGAUCUACGCGCCGGCGCAGAAGAUGGCGGUCGUCAGAUCCAAAUGAAUGUAUUUGACACGUACGCUUCCGGAGACCAAGACGAGUUUUUGGCUAAAUUUGAUGACGUGAGGGUGGAUUUUCAAGAUGUAAACGAAUGUUUUGAACUGGUGAAGAAUCUGGUGAUGGAGACCCCAGCGGAACCCUUCCUUCUGUCUAUAUUGCAGCACUUGUUAUUCAUCAGGGACGAUGAACUUAUAAGGCCAGCCUACUAUAAACUCAUUGAAGAAUGCGUGACGCAGAUAGUUCUACACAAGAACGGCUACGACCCGGACUUCAGACUCACUCAAAGGUUCAACAUUGACGUGCAGCCGCUUAUCGAUGGCCUAAUAGAGAAAUCAAGAGCUGAAGAAGAGAGGAAGAUAGACGAGUUGAAGAGUAAACUGGAAGCAGCAAUAUCAGCCAGACAAGAGGCGGAAGCGCGGGUCACGCAUCUAGAGGAGCGAAUGAAGAAUAUGUCUGCCCCUAGCGGGCCGGGCGGUGUCUCGCAAGGGAAUAUAGCCGCUAUUGCCAAGGCAAUCGGCAGCCCUGGAGGUCCGCCGCCUCCACCCCCACCCCCUAUGCCUGGAGGUGGACCCCCUCCACCGCCACCGCCGCCAUUACCGUCAGGUGGGCCAGCCCCUCCUCCUCCGCCGCCAAUGCCUUCAGGAGGAUCAGGCCCGCCUCCUCCACCCCCCUUCCCGGGUAUGGGAGGUCCCCCACCACCCCCCAUGCCGGGAAUGGGCCCCCCACCACCGCCGCCCCCACCCGGAAUGGGACCCCGUCCGCCCCCACCGCCUGGAGGACUUAUGGCACCUAGGAUGCCUCAACCUGACAUCCUGCCUCACGGUCUGAAGCCCAAAAAGAAGUGGGAAGUGGGAGGGCCAUUGAAACGUGCCAACUGGAAGACGAUUGUGCCACAAAAGAUGUCGGAGAAAGCUUUCUGGGUUAAGGUGCAAGAAGAAAAAAUGGCGUCGCCUGAUAUACUUAAUGGUCUAGCGAUGAAGUUUUCAAGCAAACCGGUCGCUAAGAGAAACGAGGAUGCUGUUGAUAAGGUGCAUACGUUAAAAAAAGUGAAAGACCUCAAAGUGCUAGACUCGAAAGCUGCUCAAAAUCUGUCGAUCCUUUUGGGUGGUUCGCUGAAACACAUGUCAUACGAACACAUCAGAACGUGUAUAUUGAAAUGUGAUACCACUGUCCUGACCGCAAAUGUUUUGGAUCUUUUGAUACAGUACUUACCUCCAGCGGAUCAGCUGAAGAAGUUAGCCGAGUUGAAAUGUAAGAGCGAAGACUUAACGGAGGCUGAACAAUUUGCAGCCACCGUCGCUGAUGUAAAGCGACUGGUUCCAAGACUCAGGAGUCUGGCUUUCAGGGAGCACUAUACGGAGAUCAUAUCUGAAGUUAAGCCGGACAUCGUAUCGGGUACAGCCGCGUGCGAAGAGGUGAAAUCUAGUGGAAAAUUCGCGAAGAUCCUAGAGCUAUUGUUACUUUUGGGUAACUAUAUGAACACGGGAUCAAACAACGCUGGCGCUUACGGGUUCGAGAUUAGUUUUCUCACUAAGUUAACAGCGACAAAGGAUCUGGAGAACAAGCAGACACUUUUACAUUAUUUGGUGGAUACCAUAGAACAAAAGUUCCCGGACGUCCUCAACUUUGCAGAAGAGAUGCCACAUAUUGAUCGAGCGGCGCGUGUUUCGAUGGAGAAUCUGCAGAAGUCACUGAAGAAGAUGGAGAACGAUAUACGAGCGUUGGAGACGGAUCUCAACAACUCGAGGGUGCAGCAGAGCUCCGACGACCUCUUCCACGAGCGCAUGAGCAAUUUCGCUCUAGAAGCUCGAGAGCAGUGCGACCUCCUCCACUCCAUGUUCAGGAAGAUGGAGGCGCUGUACAAGGAACUGGCAGAGUAUUACGUGUUUGACCCCCAGAAGUAUACGCUUGAAGAAUUUUUCUCUGACAUCAAGACCUUUAAAGAUUCUUUCGCGGCGGCCUACCAAGAGAACGUGGUGAUUCGUGAGACAGAGGAGAGGGCGAGAAGGGCUCGCGAAGCCCGCGCCACCGCCGAGAGGGAGAGGCGGGAUAGACAGCACAGAUAUAAACAGUUCGUUGACAUGGAGCAUGCGCAGGACGGCGUCAUGGACAGUUUGAUGGAAGCUCUCCAAAGUGGUUCGGCGUUUAGCAGAGAGCGGCCGAGGAAGAAAGCCAACCCGAGGGUUGCUGGCGCUGAGCGAAGAGCACAGUUAAACCGUUCCAGGUCCAGGUCUGGUCUAACCGGACCGCUCACUACUAGAGAAUUAACGAAUGAGUUGCUGAGCAACGCGUGA